CUUAACUAAUAGAAAUUCAACAUGUUUUGAACCUCAUAUUCUUUCCUGUCUGGUAAAAUUCAGCUCUGGUAUGGACGAGAGUGAUAGUGAAGGUGGAGAGGAGAUAGUGGUAGAAUCUAGGUUUUCUGCCUCCGGCUGGUUCUUCCAUCUCACUCUGUUACAUCUGCAACUAAGAAAUGCCACAGCCUUACAAUCAAAGAGAAACCCAGGAAGCGGAAGGCUCUGGAAUAUGGGCUGCAGCUCACAGAUACCCGGGAGUCCUUUGUGUUUUCAGAAAUAAGGAAAUGAAAAUCUUUUACGAUCACGGCCUUUGAAGGUUCUGCUUAACUACAAAACAUGCAAUAAAACCCAUUUUAUUAUGGAAAUAAACAACAAGUUUAGUUUUACUCACACAUGCACGAUGCUGCUAAAAUUGGUUAUGAAUUUAUGAUUGAUUUUGUCUGUUACUGUUGGUGCUUUUAUUGCUUUCACAGUGUCAUUGCACAGUUAUUGAUGAUAUAAUGUAUAGAUCUGUUUAGAUUCCGCACGUGUAAGAAGUGGUGAGAUCAUCUCUCUGGUCAGAGGCAUUCAGCAUAUGGGGCAGGAGUCCUCUCCUUUGGGCACAUCUUCAAGCCUCCAGAUGGACUUUCCCAGAUCUCCACAUGCGCAGAUGAGACCAGACACACUGUAAACGACAUCUGCAAGCACUUGUGGAAGUGUGUCUCUGGAAUACCAGCCCAAAGAUUCCUCAAACAAGCUUCCCAUUUCUUCUGUGAGCCAUGGCUGAGAGAAGACUCCUUCCCCAGGACGAUGACCAGGGUUCCCUGCUGUCCAGACUGGGCACCGAGAGCCCUAAACCCCGGGUGAAGUUAGGAGGGAUGUUCUGCAACAUCGAAGGAGCAUUUGAGAAUAAAACCUUGAAUUUUGAGUCGUACAGCCCCAGUUCUGCCAGGAGAAACCCUCGGGGACGAGUGGACGAUCAGAGGGACAAUUUCAGCGACACGUCGAGCAUGAGUGAUUUCAGCAGCGUGAGUCAAACGGCUCCGUGCCGAACGCAGCCCACCCCGUCCUGCAGUUCACAGGGUCAGACCCUCGUUUACCCCACCGGACCCGAUCGAGCGCAUAACGGGCGACGAGAGAGUGAUAAACUCAUUAUUAAAGGUGGAAAAAUCGUAAAUGAUGACCAGUCAUUUUAUGCCGACAUUUACAUUGAAGAUGGAACCAUUAAGCAGAUUGGUGAGAACCUCAUUGUACCCACCGGCGUGAAGACAGUGGAUGCCUAUGGGCACAUUGUGAUCCCGGGAGGCAUCGAUGUGAACACCUGUCUACAGGCCCCUCACCUGGGCAUGACCCCGGCAGACGACUUCUAUCAUGGCACCAGAGCUGCUCUGACGGGAGGAACCACCAUGAUCAUUGACCAUGUUGUGCCUGAACUGGGAACUAGUUUACUGGCAGCGUAUGACCAGUGGAGGGAUACGGCGCACAAGAGGUCAUGCUGUGAUUACUCUCUGCACAUUGACAUCACUCGCUGGCAUGAUGGGCUGUUUGAGGAGCUGGAGUAUCUGGUCAAAGAUAAAGGGGUCAACUCCUUCCUGAUCUUCAUGGCUUAUAAGGACAAGUAUCAGAGCUCUGAUACACAGAUCUAUGAGAUGUUUAGUGCCAUGAGGGAACUGGGUGCCAUCGCACAGGUUCAUGCUGAAAACGGUGACAUCAUUGAGGAGGAACAGAAGAAGCUUUUGGAUCUGGGAAUCACUGGCCCAGAAGGACAUGUCCUAAGCCACCCGGAGGAGGUGGAGACUGAGGCUGUGUAUCGAGCCGUCACCAUUGCUAAACAGGCCAACUGCCCUCUCUAUGUCACAAAGGUGAUGAGCAAACCAGCUGCUGAUGUCAUCGCCAAGGCCAGGAAAAAGGGCAUGGUCAUCUAUGGAGAACCAAUCGCAGCCGGCCUGGGCACGGACGGAUCGCACUACUGGAGCAAAAACUGGGCCAAAGCUGCUGCAUUUGUCAUGUCUCCUCCUCUCAGCUCCGACACGAGCACUCCGGAUUACCUCAGCUCACUGCUGUCCUGUGGGGAUCUUCAGGUGACGGCCAGCGCUCACUGCACCUUCACCACGGCACAGAAAGCUGUUGGAAAGGACAACUUCACCCUCAUUCCGGAGGGGACCAACGGCAUCGAGGAGCGUAUGAGCAUCGUCUGGGACAAAGCUGUGGCAACCGGUAAAAUGGACGAGAAUGAUUUUGUUGCAGUAACGAGCACAAAUGCUGCAAAAAUCUUCAACCUGUAUCCUCGGAAAGGCCGAAUCGCUGUAGGAUCGGAUGCUGACAUUGUCAUCUGGAACACCAAGGAGACAAAAACCUUUUCUGCCAAAACUCACAAUCUGACAGUGGAGGUGAAUAUCUUUGAGGGAAUGGAGUGCCGAGGUUUCCCUGUGGUGGUCAUCAGUCAGGGCAGGAUCGUUCUAGAGGACGGGAAACUCAAUGUGACAGAGGGUUCCGGCCGCUUCAUACCCAGAAAAGCCUAUCCGGACUUUGUCUACAAGAGAAUCAAGGCUCGAGGCAGGAUGGCUGAUGUUCGUGGUGUUCCUAGAGGAAACUAUGAUGGCCCCGUUCAUGAUGUCAUCAGUAUGACCAAAUCUGUGCCAGCCACUCCCACCACUAGAGGGCCCUCAUGUCCAGGAAAGACCCCAGGGGGACCAGCUAGAAAUCUGCACCAAUCUGGGUUCACUUUAUCUGGCACUCAAAUGGACGACCACAUCGCCAGGCGUACGACACAGAGGAUCGUAGCGCCACCUGGAGGCCGUUCCAAUAUCACAUCCCUCUCAUGAACCUCGUCCACCAGGGGAUCCAACAACAGCAGUUCCGCCUCCUCCGGCUUCCAGUUUUAUAU